CCUUCAUCCGCAACGGCACCUUUCAUUUCAAAACAAAACGCAGUAGACAAAGUUACAAGGUAAGAACCACCACCUUUGCACAAGAAAAAUAGCAGGAAAACCACCACCGAGCCGAGCAGCGCAACGCUGUCGUGCGCAACUGCAGAGUCAAGUUUGGCACGAUCGACGAUCGAGUGGAAUCAGUUAGGAUUCUACAGUCAAACGAAUAGGAACUUUUCUACAUUAAAGAAGAGGGUUUCCUACAGCGCCAGUACCGAAACAGUAACCGUGUGUGUUUUAGUGUUUUUUUUUGAACCAAAAAUAGAAAAAAAGAAAAACUUUGUUAAAUUAUUACAGUUUUGUUUAUUGAAAUCUUUAAGUUUUUGUUUAAACUGUUGCUUGUUUUUUAUUGAAAGAGAAAUUUAUUAUUUUUGCUUAACUAAAUGUGUGUUGAAACAAAAUUACAAUUUACACGAAACGCGCUUGAGAAAGGACACGAAAAUUCGAAAAAAAUAUACAAGAAAUUAAAAUAACGGUUGCUAAGUACAAUAAAAAAAGACAUUUACAGACAUCUUUCACGCAACAACUGUCACGCAACACACGAAAUAUACCAAAAACCAGCAACCAACUGCCUACAGACAAAAACCACCAGCCAUCAACUAGCAACAAUAACAGUAACAGCAACUACCGAAAAAUGUCUUUUUCUAAAGCCAAACUAAAACGCUUCAACGACGUUGAUGUCGAUUGCGCCAACUCACCCGCAACCACGCGACUAGCCACCGACGCUGUCACAGUUAAUACGCCGAGCAAAUGUGUUAAUGCCGCCACUGCCGCCGCCAUCACAACCACCAACAACGCAGCGGCGACAAGCACAGGACACCCUGAACGCAAAGAGCAAAUCGAGAAAUUCUUUAAAGACGCCGUGCGCUUCGCCACCAACAACAAGGAGGCGAAGGAGUUCGCCAUACCGAAAGAUGGCGCAGUGAAGGAAGACAAAAAGUCCAAGGGUUUGCGACUCUUUCGUACACCAUCGCUGCCGCAACGUUUGCGCUUUCGACACAAUCCAACCGAGGCGAGUACAGUACAUGCGGCUAACAAUAACAAUGGUGGUACCGGCAGUUCGACGCCCUUGCAUUCGGCCACCACAACACCGGUGAAGGAUGUGACCAAGUCGGGCGGUAGUCGGCUUAAAGGUAAAGAGGCGCUACAGCAAGAGAUACGCAAAAAGAAUGAGUUGCUUGAGAGUUAUAUGAGUCAGAUUGAUGUGCUCAAGCGUCAUGUGGAACAGUUGAAGGAGACGGAGCAGAAAUUGCGCGAGGAGAACGCUAGUGUUGUGGCGAAAACUGAAAAUCUAAUACAUGCACUACAAACGGAAAAUGCGGCGCACAAAGAGUUGAACGAUCGGUUGAGCGCCGAAAAUGUUGCGCUCACAGAGAGUUGCAACAAAACAGUGCAAGAGAUGAAUACGCUCAUAGCGCGUCAUAACGAUGAGUUGGCGGAGUUGCAAGCUUUUAUCGACGAGCUGAAGUCGCAGAAUGCCACGCUGGAGCAACAAGCACAACAGCAAUGUCUUGCAGAGCAAAUCAAACAGCAUAAAAUUGACACUUUGCAGUUGGAAAUUAGUGAGGCGCGCGAAAAGCUUGCAACGCACGAAGAGAGCGCACAGAAAGACACAGAGCUCAUACAGAAUUUGCGCAACACCAACGAGUCGCUUAGUCGAGACUUGGCUGAACUGAAGCUGCAAAUCGAGCGCGACGCUUUGGCGUACGCGCAAGAGCACAAGAUCACACAAAACGAAAUGGAGUGUCUGAAAAAGGAACGCAGCACUUUGAAAAAUGACUUGGCAAGCAAAUGUGAGCUAAUCAAGUCGCUGCAGGAUGAGCUGUUGGAUAAGAAUUGUGAGAUCGAUGCGCAUUCCGACAGCAUACGUCAGUUGUGUCGCGAAAAAGCAAAGCUGUUGGAGAAAGAGCAACUGAUCGAGACAGCUGAAGAGAAGGUGCGCAGCGUUGAGGAGCAAGCGGAACAGAAAGUGCAGAAACUCGAGUCUGAUUUGGAGAAUGCGCUCGAACGUGAGAAACAGUAUUGGCGCGCCGAGCUCGAUAAGCGUCAGAAGUUGGCCGAAAACGAGAUCAUAAAAGUGGAGUUGGAGAAGCAGGACGUCAUGGUUUUGCUGGAGACCACGAAUGACAUGUUGCGCGAGCGCGAUGAGAAGUUACAAAAAUAUGAAGAGCAACUACGCAAUGGCAUCGACUAUUACAUACAACUGACGGAUACCUUGCAAAAACAAGUUGUUGAUUUAAAACAAGAUAUGGCAAAAGUCAUAACCGAAAAGUACAACUAUCAAUUAACUUUGAGUAAUACACGUUCCACAGUCAAUAUAUUGAUGGAACGUUUGAAGAAAUCCGACGCUGAUGUCGAACAAUUCCGCGCCGAACUGGAAUCUGUACAGUUGGCUAAGGGCGCAUUGGAGCAAAGCUAUUUGACGCUGCAAGCCGAAUUGGAGACGCUGCGCAAUAAUCACGCUGAAGCGGAAACCGCAUUGAAGACACUAUGUCAGUCUUCGCAAACACUACAACAAGAGGAGCGCAUCAAUACGACAGAUGUCGCGCACUACCUGGACUUGUACAAUGAGCUGAAGCGCAAGGACGAAUCACGUGAGCUGUAUAUGCAGGAUAUGAAGAAGGCAUUGGACGAAUUCGCAACCGUGAUGCAAUUUGCACAACUGGAACUCGACAGCAAAGAGAAGUCACUGCAUAAGGUGCGCGACGAAUGUGAACAACUGAAAUUGGAGAAUAUCGCGCUCAAGUCCAAGGUCGAAGAGGGCAUCACAAAGCGUGAGAAUAGCACGGAUCUGGAAAAAAUCGAAGAUCUACUCAUCGAUACUGAGUUGCGCGCUGAAUGUGAUAAGAUCGCCUCCUGGCUAUUGAGCUCAUCCAGCAGCGAUAAAUGUGUACGCACCGAGAGCAGCAACGAAAUUAACGAUUUGCUAAAACCAACCACGCCGAAUAGCACAAAGAAGACGCGCAGCUGCAUGACACCAUCAUCACCCGCCAACAAGACGAUAACAUUAUCAACCGCACCCGGAUCUAAUGUUGGCACACCACGUACGCCGCGCACGCCAAAGACACCGCGCACACCACGCACCACACCCAAGAAGACCGUACUCUUCCCCGGCAAAGAGAACAUUUGCAGUCCGCAGAAGCAAGUGCUGAAGGCGCGUAAUAUGUAGACGGCUGUGGCUGACGAGACCAAGUCCACACAUUGGUCAUGAUCGAUUUCACUUAUGUAAGGAACAUUACAUUGCUUGUAAGAUUUAUUUAUUUUUUUUUUUUUUAAUAAAUAAUAACUAUUUAAAAUUAUGAAAAACGCUACUUUUCGAAAUCGAAUUCGUGUGAAUUUUUGGCAGCAACGAGGGUUAUAAUCACAAAAAAUCAAAACGUGGGAAUUUGCUGUUGAGACGCGGUGCACAAAGGCAAACUCGUUCUUUGUAAAGGUAUGCAUCUGAAGAACUGAAGAAAUCUCCGUUACAUGAGCGCACAAUUGCGCAAUAAGUCUAUGCCUGCCUGCCGCGCCGCUUUACUAUCAGGCUUUGUAAGCACACAAAGGGGUGGGUAAACAAAAUGCCGGGAAGCCAACUCCAUACAAACAUACAUCACAUACCGCCACAGUAAUUUGAAAGGCAACAAAAACAAGAAAUUGCGACACACUUCCGUUCGUCAAAGCAGCGCCUUUGUGCGGUUGGCAAGCGCUUGAAAAAACCCAACGACUGACUUGUGAAAGACAGCGUAUACAAUAACACUUGGGGGCAGUCAAGGAAGGAAGGCACAAUUAUAUGUACAUAUGUAUGUAAGAAAUUUCGGCAGAUGUUCUAAUUGCUGUGCCUACUUUGGCAUAAUAUGGCCGGUGUGUGUCGAGUUACAACGCAGCGGCGCAUUAAGAAUUCUUUUUCACACCAAAAGUCGCACGCCGCAGAAUGACAGUUGCAGUUACGGUUCGUUUGCGCUGCACGUGUGCCUUUCGGAAAAGUCUCUUAUUUUUUAAUUACUCUGUCAGUAUAAUCAUUACUUUACGAUCAGCAUUAGACAAUGUAGAUUUGGGUGGAUUUGAAUGGGUAAACAGAAGAUUUUUGAUUACAACGUGCGCACUUAUAAGAGGCAGUUGAUAACGUCACUUGACUAGGGUGGCAGAGUGACCGUUAACUUUAAAAAAUUGCUUUGGUAUUUAAAAACCGCGGGUUGAAAUAAUAUUUUCAAUGCGAAGAGCAACAAUUUAAAAGAAAACAAACGAUAUCCUCAUAUGGGCGGAAGGGGUAGUGAUGGCUAUAAUUAACUGUUAUAUAAGCGGACUUCUAAAAUCAUAAAAUCCAUCGGGCGUCUGCAGAAUGCAUUCUAUAAGUUUCUACUCUCCAUUCAUCUUAAAAACCUUACCCAGAAGUAAUGCGAAAUCGGUACCGGGGCAAGAAAAAAAAUCCAUGAUAAAAGGGUUAGUGUUUUAGUGGCUACACCACUCACGUAGGAUAUGGUGCGAAGGCAUUUUAAACGCUCCUUGUUGUAGAAAAAAAAACAAAAAAAAACUCUUUUUACAGUUUGGUAUUUUAAUUUGGAUCUUAGUUAUAGCACUUUAUAAAUUUUCGCUUAAUGGCAUGGAGCGAUUACGCUCAUCUACAAUAUCAACUCGUCUCGUAAUCAUUUGUAUAUGUAUAUAUAACUUUUCGUUGAGCAUUGAAUGUUGAGUAAAAAUUUAAUCAGUAUUAAUUUUUUGUUUUCCUGAAUGAAGGUGGAAUUCCAAAUGAUGUUAUUGAAAAUUUUCAAUGCAUUCGAACUCCAAAAUUCGCAAAAUUAUGGCGGCACUGCUAAAGAUCUAUUUCCUGAUUUUGAAAUUUCUAGCUAUUCAAAUACGGGUUGAUAGUAAUCGAUAAUAUACAUAAAAUGGAUGCAGACGACUUUGUUGCUUGCGAUGGGUAGUCGAUAUCUAUUCGUAAUGUGCUUUUUAGUAUUCCGUUGUCUACUAAAGUUAUACUCGCGCUAUUAUAGUUACGUAUUGAGGUUUUUUUUCCAAAUAAAAUCUAGCUAAAAAAAAAUUUAAAAAAUCGAACAUACAUUAUUUAAUAAAAAACUUUAGCUGACAGUAAUUUAUCUGAUUUUAAGAUAUUUUUUUGAACAUUUAUAUAUGCAAAAACACAAACCAACAGCAUGCUUGACCGUUCUAAAUCCUAUUCGUUGUGAUACAGAAUCCUGAAUGACGUUACUUUGCUUGAAGAUUGUCUGAUUAAAUGUUGUGAAUCUCGAAAGAUUUUACUUUGAAGAUUGUGGGCAAUUUUAGACAAGAAAGUACAUAUUAGGUAUUUACAAAAUAAAGCUUCAGCUAAGUUAUAUAUACAUUUUGAAAUAUAAAAAAAAAAAAAUGAUAUAUAAAAAAUAUUUACAAUAAUCAUCCCAACGCCCGCUGAAUUUAUACAUUAAUAUUAAUUAAACAAUAUGAAAUGAAUCAAAUUUUUGUUUAUUUUUCAGUAAAAAUGUAAGUUCGUUAUUAUUAUAAUAUUUGUAAUUCAUAAUUAAACUAAAAUUUAUUUUAAAAAAUAUUUUAACAAAAAAACACGUGUUUUGAGCACUUUGAUACACAGGGCUGCCACGUACUAAAAUUCGUAAGGUUGCUAAAUUUUUAAAUUUUGUGUAAUAGAAACAAUAUUAUAAUUUAAAUUUAAAAAAAAAUAUUUAAUUUAAAUUUAAAAAAAAAAUGUAAUUUAAUUAAAAAAAAUAUUUUUUAAAAUAAAAAAAAUAUGUUUUAUAAAAAAAUUGUCUUUAAUAUAAUUAAAAAAUUCUAAUUUAAAUAAAAAAAUUAUUUAGUUGAAAUUAAAAAAUCUAUUUAAGUUGAACAAAAAAAAUUUAGUUUAAAUAAAACAAAAAAAGUUUUUAAAUAAAAAAAUACUUAAUUUAAAUUUAAUAACUUGUAAAUAAAGGUAAAUUAAAACAUUUUUUCAAUAAAUUAAAACGAAAUAUUUUUUUAAUAAAAUAAAAUAAUUUUUUUAAAAUAUGUUAUACUUAAUAAAUUACAUUAAAAUUAAAUUAAAUAAAAUAUAUGUAUUUUUUGCAAAUAAGUUACAAAAACUAUAUACAAAACAAGAUUAAAAAUUCACAACCUCUCUCACUAUAGACGGUAGCAGUUUACGUAAAUGGAUUGGACUCGGAUUUAAACCGCUCACGCCUAUCGUCUCGUCAGCAGUGGAAAGUUGUAUAUUGCUGCAACAAAAAUAAUAACUGUUAUCACGAAAAUUAAAAAAAAAAAGAAUUAAUUUAAGUACAUGUGUUCUUAACUACACGAAAAAAGACUUUUGAGGUUAUGUUGCGUUCUAAGCAAAUAUAAAUACAAUUAAUAUAAAAAAGGUUUCUGAAAACAAGAAAUUAGGUUUUGAUCGAAGAAAUUAUCAGCUUCUUUUAAGCGAAUAUAAAUACAAUUAAGAGACACAAUUUUUACAAAGCAAAAACUUUAGAUUGGAUCGAAAAAAUUAUCAGGCAAUAUAGUCAAUUGCAGCAAAUAAAUACUAAAUGUGUCAACAAAGUAGAUGUAAAAAGGAUUAUUUUAAAAACUGUACUCAUUUUUUAAAAAUUACAAUUAAUCUCGUCGAUUUCAGCAAUUUCGACAAAAUCAGUACGUCGGACAGCCCUAUAUUUGGUACAUACAUACACAUUAUCUAAUAUCAGUAGCAUAAAUUAUUGUAUUGUUUUAGAUAUAUAUAUAAUAUAUAUAUAUAUGUAUGCCACGUAAGAACAUCUACAUUAACAUAUAUACUUAUUUAACUGUUUGUCUUUUAUAUACUAUGUAUAUAUGCACGUGCUUUGUUUUAUAAACUUUUAAAUACAUUAUAAACAUAUGAUUAAAAUAU